UCAUGCUUGUGUCAUUCUCUCGUUCUCUCUUUCUUGCUAUCAGUGUCUGUCUCUCUCUACUUUCUCUUCUCUGGAAACCAUGGGGCUUCAAAGCUGUUGUGGUUAUUGGGAACAGCUAGACUGAAGAGGACUUAGCCUAGUUUGUUUUCCCUUAUCAAGUCCGUUGUCUAGUUGCUCAGAAAUCAUGCCAGAAUGGGUGGAGAAGUUGGGACGAGUGGUUACAGUGGAGCCGGUCAUUUUCUGGUUCAUGACCAGCACUUUCAUUGUGUCGCCUGCUUAUCAACAACUGAUCAUCAACAAGAUCUGCUCUGAGCUCUUUCAGGACCAGUCCAUCUGCGCCAACCUCGGGCAGCAUCACGAUGAGGACAAGGAGGUGCAGCGGCACUCCUCCACGGUCGUGCUGCUCUACCUGGUCGUCCUGAGCGUGGUGUCCGUCCCGCCGGCGCUGCUCCUGGGCUCGUGGUCGGACCGGGUGGGCCGGCGCUCCGUCAUGGUCCUGCCGUCCGCGCUGUCGAUGGCCGCCGGCGCCGUGCUGGUGUGCAUGCACGAGCUGCCGCAGAUGGGCGUCAUGUGGGUGCUGGCGGCGGCGGCCAUCGUGGGGCUCACCGGCGGCCACGUGUCCAUCUUCCUCAGCUGCUUCAGCUACCUGGCCGACGUCACGGCGGGCUGCCCGGGCGAGGGCCGGACGCGGACCGUGCGCAUGGCCGUGGCCGAGUCCAUGAUCUUCGUCGGCGGGACGCUGGGCUUCCUCAUGGGCGGCUUCCUGGAGAAGGCCUAUGGGCUGACGGCGGCGUUCGGCGCCUUCAUGGUCUGUCACGUCAUCAUCAUCCUCUACGUGUUGCUCUGGCUCCGCGACCCCAGGCCGCCCCCUAGCAGCCCCGUCCCGCAAGACGCCAUCACCAAGCAGGACGAUGACGACGCGGAGGCCGCGAAACCUCCAGGCUCUCAGCUGUUCCUAGUGCGCUACCUGAAAAGGACCCUUUACUCUGUGUUCAAGAAGCGGCCGGGACAGGAGAGACAGAAACUGCUCUUUCUCAUCCUCUGCUCCUUCCUGAACAACCUUGUGGCCGUGGGGGAAUCGGCGAUCCUCCUCCUUUAUCUGAUGUAUGAGCCAAGGGAGUUUGACACAGAGAUGUUUGGGAUCUUCAGCUCUGUCAAGAUGUUGCUUCUGGGGGGUUGUCUGCUGGGCCUGUUCCCGCUGCUGUUGCGCUGCAUGGGAGAGAUGACCCUGGCCAAGCUGAGUAUGGUGUUCAGGGCUGCUUCCUUCAUCCUCCUGGCCUUCUCCACCAACACAUGGAUGGUGUUCCUGGUGGCAGUGUUAGGAGCUCCUGCAGGAAUCAAUCAAGCUGUCAUCCGGUCCCUGUCCUCUGCUAUUGUGGAGCCAGAUGAGCAAGGUGCCAUGUUCUCCUUCACCGCGUCCGCGGAGGCCACCUGCUUCCUCUUCGCCGCCAUCAUCUUCAGCGGCCUCUACCCUCUGACCUUGCCGACCUUCCCCGGAAUGCCGUUCAUCGUCAUGGCCGGCUUCUGCCUGAUUGUGCUCGUCCUUACGCAAUGGGUCAGCGAGAUGCAACCCACUCAGCCACGGCUGGUGAUCCAGUAGAACUUGUUCUAAGAAAAGACAUCUGGGCCUGGGCUAAACGUCUGCCCUCUGGGCUGGGGCUGGGGCUGGGGUGAACCUUCAUUCAGCCUCCUCCUUCUCAUCCUCAAGUCUAGUGGAAGUGUUCACGUGGUUUGCUGAAUGUGAUGUUUUGUUUUUCAUGAUUAAGUUCAAACACAUAACAACUGAACUGCCAAUAUCACGUGUGUGUCAGAUGUUUGACAACUAGCAUAGCAUACAGUAGCAGCUCAGUCCAGUCACUACAAGAUCAUAAAUGAUGCACCUUACUAAAUCAGUGGAAAUGAGAUGUAAUGAGAUAUAAUGAUGAGUGAAAUAUGUGAUGAGCACAAUAAAUUGCUAGACUCUUUGAUGUGCUCCUACAGCGAACUGCACGGGAAGACUCGCAGCCUUUCGCUGUCAUGUCAAAUGCAUUGCACUUUAAGCUUUCACUUAUGUUACACAUCUGUCAGCAUAUAUACGAUCAUCAAAUAAUGUAUGUUUACUUAAAUCUGUCAGCAUACGAUCAACAAAUAAUGUAUGUUUACUUAAAUGGAGGUUCCUUUUUAAUCAAUAUGUUUACAUAUGAAUGUAAGGUGUGACACAGCGGUUUUUCUUGGCACUAUGAAUAGCCUGUAAAAUACCAACAUGAUUACAGUUUUUUUCAAUCGCUAACAAGCGUUUGUCCAUUCA